ACUCAUUUAGGCGUCUGCCUGGAAUCAGAGCGUCCGCUCAGGGUGAACCUGCCUGUGUCCCUGCUAUUUCUGCUUUGAUUCUCGUUAACAUCUUCCGUGGAAUUAGCAGACGCCAUGCCAGAUUUUGCAGGAAUUUGGAAAAUGAAAAGCAGUGAGAAUUUUGAUGAACUUCUAAAAGCUCUUGGAGUAAAUGCUAUGCUCAGAAAGGUAGCAGUAGCUGCGGCUUCUAAACCCCACGUCGAGAUUCGUCAAAAUGGAGAUCAGUUCUACAUCAAGACAUCCACCACAGUUCGGACAACAGAAAUCCGUUUCACUGUAGGGGAAGAGUUUGAAGAAGAGACUGUAGACGGUAGGAAAUGCAAGAGUUCGCCUGUUUGGGAGAAGGAAAAUAAGAUCUACUGUAAGCAGACACUUGUGGAGGGAACAGGCCCCAGGACAUACUGGACCCGGGAACUGCUGGGAGAUGAGCUCAUUCUGACAUUUGGAGCUGAUGAUGUGGUCUGUACAAGAAUAUACGUGAGGGCAUGAAGCAAAAGCUCAUCCAGACACAAAAAAAGGAAUUAUGGUUUCCUCCAGUAAUUUAGGGAUUAUCUUCCUGUCACACCGACCUACUCGUUGUAUGUUUUAGGAUAAAGAAAAAUACCGGUACUUCCAUUCUCUAGUGAUCAGACUGCAGUCUUUAAAAAUGUUGUCUCUGUAAUAAUAGGAUGUUGACUCAUGUUCUGACAAUUUUGGGAAACAGCAAUGAAGUUUUUCUCUACACUCUUGACAGCUCAUCAGCUUCUGCAUUGUAUAAUGGUGCUAUGGAUCAAUGUGUGCAUUAAUACUGCAAGGCACUGCUUUGUAUUAUAAGGCCAGUGAAUAUGUUUCCUGCCAAGGACUGACAUUUUCCAAGUUGUCUGAUACUGGUAUAUAAAGUAUACGUAGAUAUCCGUAGUUCUUUUUCAAAGGCCAAAAUAACCUAAAGACAACAGACACCAGAUAAGACCUUCUUGAGGCAUCUAAAUGAGUUCCUUUAUUUAGUAAACCCGAUUGUAUGAGAAGCAGUAUAUAGACCCCAAGACCCCAUACUAAUGAGAGCAUUGCCAUCUUCUGAAAUCAUAUGAGUUUUAAGAGCUUAGCCAGAGCAUAUGUCUUUUUAACAAUUCCAUUAAAAAUGGUAACCUUUUUAAGAUCUUCACAUACUCUUGAGGUCCGUAAACUGUUUAGCGAUUCUUGCAACCUAAAACUUACAUUGAAGUUUGCAUUCAUUAAAAAAAAGUAAUUCUGAAGCCUCUCAGACAUGAAGCGGAACAAAGAUACAGGAAAACGAUUUUGUUGGUUCAUUAAAAUAUUAUUCAAAUUUUUAAUAAAUCAACUUUAUUUUAUACAGUUCUAAGAUCCUUAGUGGGAGUAAUGGAAAUAAAAUUAAUUCUUCAAAUAAGCAAUUUCAUGACUAAUAUAAGUUAGUUUUUAUGCAAUGGGUAUAUAGCCUCAAAUAGAAGUAUCAGACAACUUAAUUCACAUAUAGAACAGGAUACUUUACUUAGAGUAUGUUGUCCUUGGGAAGACAGAGUCUUGAAUUAAUGUAAAGCAGAUGAAUUGGUGAAUAUGAUGAAGUGAAGACAUCACAGAUCAGUGAAUAAAGAAUUGCGAUCAGGGCUGUGAAUUUUGCUUAUCAGGUUGACAAAAGGCUUAAAUGAUCAUGGAGUAUGUUACCGUUAUACUUGACCCACCUGUCAGAACCAAGGUUUCAUUUAAUACACAGUUUGCCUUUUAUCCUCUCUGUAACAGAAAGAUCUUGAGAUCACAGCAAGAUGCCAACAAUGUCAAAAUCCAUUCCUUGCAGAAAGUUAUUUGUAUUGUGUACCGUGCCUUUGAUUGGUGAAUCAUUUCCAUGACAUGUACUUUGUGUUUCAAUAAAGUUAUUUCAAUAUAAA